GCGCUUUGCAGAGAGUGUGUGGACAGAGCUGAAUCCCGGACAAGACUUGUGAAAGGGGCAGCAGCCCAGUGAGGGUCGCUGCUGAGUUACUGUUACCUGCUGCAGCUCACUGGAGCUCGGCCACCUGAGGGAUUUCAGAAACGCUAAAGUUACAUUUGGGAGAAAAAAAAUGAAAGUGUGAACAUCAAACACUGAGGCAGUGUCUCCUCAUCAGGCUAUCAGAGAGGGGGUGGAUUUUGAAAAAAAAAACAAUCGCUCAUCUACCAAAGUCGGAUUUGAACACGCCAACUGAUUAUUUGAUCGGAACUUAGCCUCCGUGCUCCGGGGUUGUUCCUCACACUUGAGCACGUUUGAAAAGCUGAAGGAUUUCAUCAUAAAUCACCGAGAGCGCAUCGUAUUAACCCGCUCGGGAUCCUAGCCGGGCUCCAGUGCAGUUAGGGGGACCGCAUAUUAAUAUUCAUCCAAAUCCUGCGGCCUUAACCGAUCCUGAGUAUCUCUGUUGAACUUUCCCUAGUCGCGUGGAAGGAUGAGAGCGAUCUGGAGAUUGGCGAGCAGAGAGGAACUUGGCCUCGUCCUUUACUGCGCUGUCAUGUUCCUCAAGGUGGAGGCGGGCAAAUCUGAGCAGAGCAGACAAUCCGACACAUUUUGCGUGUUCCAAGAUAAGAAGUACCGGAUGGGAGAGAAAUGGCACCCUUACCUGGAGCCCUAUGGAUUCGUCUAUUGUAUAAACUGUCUUUGCUCGGAGAAUGGGCACGUGGCCUGCAAUCGAGUGAAAUGUCCGAGUAUCCACUGUUCCAGCCCUGUGACACUCCCACAGCAGUGUUGCCCUCACUGCUCACCAGAAGAGCAUCAUAUUCCGGCAGCUGCUAAAAUCAUCGGGAAAUCAUGUGAAUAUAAUGGCACCAGCUAUCAACAUGGAGAGAUGUUCGUGGCUGAUGGGCUAUUUCUGUCCAGGCACCCAAACCAAUGUGCACAGUGCAGCUGCUCGGAAGGAAACGUGUACUGUGGCUUGAGGACGUGCCCAAAGCUGACCUGUCCAUUCCCAAUAACUGUUCCUGACUCUUGUUGCCAAGUUUGCAGAGGAGAAGGAGACUCUUCAUGGGACACAUCGGAGGCAGAGAUAUUCCGCCCAGCAUCCAACAGGGAAGCGAGACAUUCGUACCAGCGGACUCAGUAUGAAUCUCGGGGAGGCUUCGGGAGCACCAUUGCCAAUUUACCUAGAAUGCCCAGCUCAAGGACUCAUCGUGGUUUGCUAACUGACCCCCAGCAGGGAUCUGGUACCAUUGUGCAAAUAGUAAUCGACAAGCACAGGCAUGGCAGAGUUUGUGUCUCAAAUGGGAAGACCUACUCACAUGGAGAAUCAUGGCAUCCAGUCUUGCGCCCGUUUGGACUAAUGGAGUGUGUGCUGUGUACGUGUAACAUAACCAAACAAGAGUGCAAGAAGAUCCAUUGUCCAGAUCCCUACCCAUGUAAUUACCCACAGAAAAUCAAUGGAAAAUGUUGUAAAGUUUGUCCAGCACCAGGGAUACCAGGGUUUUCGCAAGAUGACAGUAAGGAAGUAGAAUGCGAUGAAGAGACUGUUCUGGUUUAUGAAUCACUCCUGGUCCAGGAAACUGAUUCUCAAAAAUACAGCAAGAAAAUUGCCAUAGAGAUUGACAAUCUUCCAGAAGUAGAAGUCCAUGUCUGGACUCUAGUAAAAGGUGUUCUACGCCACUUUCACAUGGAGAAAAUGUCAAGAAGAGACUUUGAAAAACAGGUUACCCUUGGAUCUUUUAAACCACUGACACGGACCACUCAGAACCGAUGGAAAAUUUUCAAAGAGGGAGAAGCACAGAUCAGCCCACUAUGUAUGAACCGAGGAUGCAAAACAGAGUUGGAAGACUUGCUUAAAGUUUUACAGCUGAACAAAGCAGAAAAGGAACACUGCUGAAGUAGGAAGGGUGGUGGGGUGGGGUGCUGGGAGGAGGCGGGGGUUGGGGCACCAUAAUGUGAGAAGGGAAAAUUCAGUUCAUAAAAAGCUGGCCUGUAGCUGGACUGCAGUGGGACUCUGAUGAUAAUCAAGAGCACCCCGAAAACCAAAAUGUAUACAACAGAAAAAUGAACAAAGAAAAAUCACUGUGUUAGCUUUCUUUAUUACAAGGAAGAAAAAGUGCCUUUGGAGGCGUAAAAGAAUGGAGUGGUCCUAAUGUGUAUUUAUUUGUAUUAUAAAACACUAUUGAAAUUACUUAUGUGAUCUUAAUUCUUAGAAUACAAUUAGCUUGUCAACAUAUGCAUAUUAAUAUUCAAGUCACAUGUAAUGCAUAUCUUGGUUUUAUGUAAAGUUUCUUUCUUCAUUGUAUAAGCCUGCGGAAUAUGUUGACAUUAUCCUCGAAGGUAUUUGUACUUUAUUUAUGUACUGACGGUGUUUCAUCCCAUUUUUCUUGAAACUAAUAAACUAUAGCCAGUUGAAUAACA